AUGGCUGCUGAUGUUCAACCAAUUGCGCAGGUCAAGCUACCUGCUCAACCAUCCUCUCUCACUCCGGAACAGACCUACUGGCGAACGUUCAAGUCGCCAUUGAGCAUUGCUUCUCCGACAAAACAUGGCGUCGUUCAUAUUUCCCAACCGCACCGAAAUUCCUUGAACCAGAUCGUUUCCGACCUGUUCGCCGUUACGACUGGGACCAGGGUGCAAUUAUACUCCAUCAAGUCUAGAAAGCUAGUGAAAACAAUCAGCCGAUUUGACGACACUGCCUACGGCGGUGAGGUACGAUAUGAUGGUCGAGUUCUGGCAGCCGGUGACGAAACUGGUGCCAUUCAAGUUUUUGAUGUCAACUCGAGGGCCAUUCUGAAAACAUGGAAAGAGCAAAAGCAGCCUGUGCACACAGUCAGAUGGAGUUCCAAGGAAAGCACCGCUCUCAUGAGCUGUGGUGAUGACAGGACUGUGCGACUGUGGGACCUUCCAAGUGAGACCAGUGUCGAAAUAUUUCGCGGUCACCAAGAUUAUGUGCGCACUGGUGCAUUUCUCCCCGGUCAGUCAAGCAAUCUGCUUGUUUCUGGUAGUUAUGAUCAAACAGUCCGCCUUUGGGACCCUCGUACGCCAUCCACAUCAGUCAUGACAUUCAAGCACAUUGCCUCCGUUGAAGAUGUCCUAUGUAUGCCGUCUGGAACUGCGAUCUUGGCCGCCGCAGACAACCAGAUUGCAGUUCUAGAUAUCAUUGCUGGUCGACCUCUACACAUGAUCAAAAAUCAUCAAAAGACGGUCACCUCCUUGGCACUAGCGUCAGACGGCUCAAGAGUCGUCAGUGGCGGCCUUGAUGGACACAUGAAGGUGUUUGAGACCGCUGGCUGGAAUGUCGUUGCCGGGUCCAAAUAUCCCUCACCUAUUCUCUCCCUCGCAGUAAUAGCCUCGGGACCUGCACGCGAGGACAAGCAUAUCGUGGUAGGCAUGUCGACUGGCCAAUUAAGCAUCAAAACAAGACUUUCUGGUGAACAGAAGGUCAAAGAACGAGAAAGGCAGAAACAAAUGGACGCUCUUAUUGCAGGAAAAAUCGAGGAGUAUGAUAAGAAGCAAGCCAAAAAAAGACCAAGGGGAGUCGAAAAGAAAUUGAGAGGUCGAGAUUACUCUGGUCAAGAUGCAGACAUCAUUGUAGAAGGCAAUGUACGACCCAAGCAGAAGAAGAAGGCCCCAUGGGAUACGGCGCUGCACAAAGGACUUUACGGAGAAGCACUUGACAUUGCGCUCAAGGGCGCCGACAAGAUGACUAUCUUGACUGUUCUCAACACCCUCCGACACCGAUCAGCUCUGAGGGCAGCUUUGGACGACCGAACUGAAAGUGGUCUCCAGCCCAUUAUCCUCUGGGUUUGGAAGAACAUAACAGACACCAAUUUUGUCCCUCUAUGCGUUGAAGUUUCCAUGAACAUUAUGGAUCUGUACUCUAAGCAUCUCGCAGAGAGUGAGCUGCUUGCAAACCAAGUCAAAAAACUUCGCGAGCGGGUCUGGGAAGAGGUCGAUCGCGCACAGCAAGCAUCCAUGACUAGGGGUAUGCUCCAAAUCCUGAGUCCAGCAGUGGCAACCUGA